ACUAUUAUACUAAUAUCUCAUUAAUUCCUUGUUUCUCUGCAACACCAAAAAAAAAAAAAGCAAAAACCAAAACAUAAGCUAACACAGUGAACUCCAUCCCACGCCUUCUCCUCCACCAUGUCAAUGCCACAAGUGCCGCCACCGCCGCCGCUGGUCACUCCGUUGGCGGCGGCGCCGACCGAGCUUCCGAUCCGGCAGAUUCCGGGAAGCUACGGGUGGCCGCUGGUAGGUCCUAUGUCGGAUAGAUUGGACUACUUCUGGUUCCAGAAGCCAGAAAGCUUCUUCAGAAAGCGAAUGGAGAAGUACAAAAGCACCGUGUUCCGUACCAAUGUUCCUCCCUCGUUUCCCUUCUUCGUUAACGUUAACCCCAACGUUAUCACCCUCCUUGAUUGCAAAUCCUUCUCCCACCUCUUUGACAUGGACCUCGUCGAAAAGAAGGAUGUUCUUGUCGGAGAUUUUGUCCCCAGCGUUGCCUUCACCGGAAACAUGAGAGUCAGCGUUUACCAAGAUACUUCUGAGCCUCAACAUUCUAAGGUGAAGAGUUACAUAAUGGACAUUCUGAAACGAGGCUCAGGCAAAUGGGCAUUGGAAGUGGUAUCGAACUUGGACAUAAUGUUAGACAGCAUCGAAGCAACACUAUCCAAAUCCUCGUCCGCAUCGUACCUGUUUCUGCUUCAGCAAUUCCUCUUCACGUUCCUAUGCAAAGCACUUGCUGGCGCUGACCCUUCACGCGACCCGAAAAUUGCGGAGUCAGGUUACGCUAUGCUUAAUCGUUGGCUUGCUUUGCAGCUUCUCCCCACAGUUAGCAUUGGCUUCCUCCAACCCCUCGAAGAAAUCUUCCUCCAUUCCUUCGCUUAUCCUUUCUUCCUCGUUAGUGGUGACUACAAUAACCUCUACAACUUCAUCAAACAACAAGGGAAGGAAACCAUAAACAGAGGAGAAACGGGGUUUGGGUUGAGCGAAGAAGAGGCGAUCCACAACUUGCUCUUCGUGCUGGGUUUCAACUCCUUCGGUGGAUUCACCAUUUUCCUUCCCAGUUUGAUAGAAGCCAUAGCCAACGGCUCCAUCAGCUUGCAAGAGAAGCUUAGGAAGGAAGCCAGGGAAAAGGGUGGGUCAACUCUCACCUUUGACUCCGUCAAAGAGAUGGAGCUCAUUCAAUCCAUCGUUUACGAAACACUUAGAAUGAACCCUCCCGUUCCUCUGCAGUACGGUCGAGCCAGAAAGGAUUUCCAGUUGACUUCUUACGACGCGCGUUUUGACGUGAAGAAGGGCGAGUUACUCUGUGGCUUCCAGAAGCUCGUCAUGAGGGACCCACAAGUGUUCGAGGAACCCGAAACUUUCAAACCGGACCGGUUCACUGGGGAAAAAGGGGCCCAGUUGUUGAACUAUUUGUAUUGGUCCAAUGGGCCUCAAACUGGGUCUCCCAGCGUGUCAAAUAAGCAGUGUGCCGGUAAGGAUGUUGUCACCCUCACCGCGGCUUUGAUUGUGGCCCACUUGUUUCGCAGGUAUGAUGUUAUCAAAGGCGAUGCCACUUCUAUCACUGCCCUUAAAAAGGCCUAAUGAAGGGUGAAUAUGUGUUUUCUCUGUCCAGGUUGUACUUAAUCCAAGAAUAUUUGCUUAGCAAAAUAACGAUUAGUUUAAUUAUUAUUUCCUAAAUAUUAUACAAGAGCUUAUAAAUCAAGUCUAUGUAACUAUCUCAUAGAAUCAUAGACCUUCUUUGUUAAUGUCAACAAUACCGAUAAGCAAUUCUUGUUCCACUUGGUCAGGUCAUUUACACGAUCGUAUAACAUUAUUGAAUUUAGUAAAAAAAAAAUAUUAUUU